AAAAUAAAUGUAUCGUUCGAGAAAUUGGCCUAUAAAUAAUAUAUUAGUAUUGUUUAAGUAACACUAAACAUCCGCUGCUCGGUGGGUUUCUUUAGCUUUGGUCGAUUCCUGAUGACGGACAUGGCGAGGUUCGUGGCGAAAACUCUUCCCCUUGCCUCCCGAUGCGCCAGUCGUCGUCCGCGGCCUCUCGCCGGCGCUUCCUCAUGGCGCCGGACGGCGCGGCCUCCGAGCCCUCCCCCCACUCUUUCUCCCCUUUCACAUUCGGUUCCCCUCCCUGCCUUCUUCUCUAAUGUUUCCGCCAGGGGAUUUCGGUCCCUUUCCGACAGUUCGUGCUCUUUGGUGCCGGCCUUUACCCGGGGUUAUAGGAACGUUAGGCGGAGGGGCCGGCUGCCGAAGAAGAAGCCGUUGGAACUCGACGUCAGGAUUUGCAUCGAAGAGGAAUUACCCGAUGAUCCUCAGAUUUUGGUCUACUUUUUCCAUGGUCAUCCAUCUUCACAGUAUCCUUUUUUCAAUUGUGGAUGACACCCCUGCAAUGCUAUCACAGAAGCGUUGCAGAGACACUUCGGUCUGACGUUCCUGUUGCACUGAAAGUUGCACUUGAUGGUUUAUUAACUUCGAAAUAUAAUACAAGAGAUACUUCUAUAGAUGAUGUUAACAAGUAUGAAAAAGUUGAGUUAUCAGUAUUGCUUUGUGAUGAUGGUUUUAUCCAGAAAUUAAAUAAGCAUUGGCGGGAUGUGGACCAGACCACUGAUGUUUUGUCCAUGUCACAACAUAUCCCUGAACUAGGCCAUCCCAUUCUUUUAUUAGGUGACAUAGUAAUUUCUCUGGAAACAGCUUCCAGGCAAGCACAGGAAAGAGGCUAUACACCUCUUGAUGAAAUUCGGGUCCUCAUGGUUCAUGGUUUGCUGCAUCUUUUGGGCUUUGAUCAUGAGAUCAGUCAUGAAGCUGAAGCUGAAAUGGAGAAGGAAGAAGAGCUAAUUCUUAGGAAUCUUGGAUGGAAAGGAAAAGGUCUAAUUAAGAGUACAAAUAAUUCCAGAACUGCUGAAAGUCAUUCAACAAGCAGCCCAAAUGAACUUGUGAAAAAUGUGAAAAUGGAAGGCCAUUCAGGAUUAUAUGAAGCAAAAUUGAGUUAUAUGUUCUGUGACGUGGAUGAUACACUUUUCAAUGGUAAAAGUCAAAUCAAUACAAGAAUGGCAGAGGCUAUGAGAGAGGCACUCUCAAGGGGAGCAAAAGUAGUCAUCGUUACUAGAAUGACCCGGUCAGCAGUUAUAAGAGCUUCAAGUUUGGCUAAUUUGGCAGGGAAAGAUGGUAUUGUAUCAGAAGCAUCACCUGGCAUUUUUCUACAGGGUUCUAUUGUAUAUGGGAGACGAGGUCAAGAGAUUUACAGAGCAAGUGUAGAUAAGAAUAUUUGUAGAGAGGCUUUUCUUUACUCUUUGGAACAUGAGGUUCCUCUUGUAGCAUUUUGUGAGGAUCGGUGUUUCACACUAUUUGAACAUCCGUUGAUUGAUUUACUUCAUACUGUGCAUCAUGAGCCAAAGGCAGAGAUCAUGCCUUCGGUUGAGCACCUUUUAGCAGUUUCUGAUGUACAGAAGUUGCUUUUUCUUGGAACUGCUGAAGUGAUCUCUACGCUAAGGCCAUAUUGGUUGGAGGCAACACAAGGGAUUGCAGAUAUCAUUCAGGCAACGCCAGAUAUGCUUGAAAUUGUUCCAUGCGGAGCUUCAAAAGGCAGUGGCAUAAAGUUGCUCUUGGAUCACCUUGGAAUUGCUGCAGAUGAGAUUAUGCCACACUUUGAAGGUGAAGGUGAGAGUGAAUAAGUUGGAGACGUAGGCAUCAUCAGGCGUCGAACCAGGCAAAUGUCUAAACUGCAGUUUUGAUUAUUAGAGUUGCACCAAGUACAUUGUAGAUGUUUUCGGCACAAAUCCUAGCAAAAAUGUUGGCAUUCAUGCUCUUCCAUUUCCUUGGCAAUACCACUACAGUCCUACCGACU